AGUUAUAAGAUCAUUCUGCGGGAUUUUGCUACGUGAAAAGUGAUUAUUCGUUGAUACACUUUGUUCUCUAGUGACCCCAAACCUCGAAUGCGUAAAACGAUGCAGCAAUGCCUCCACAGUCCCGCGAGGAAUUCGAAAUUGCGAUAAUCUGUGCCCUGCCUUUGGAGGCCGAUGCGGUGGAAACGUUGUUCGAUGAACAUUAUGAUGCACAUUGCCACGAGUAUGGGAAGCAUGUAGGGGAUGACAACGCUUAUACGGCAGGAAGGAUUAGCGGCCACUAUGCUGUGCUAGCUUUUAUGCCAGGGAUGGGAAAUAGGAGUUCUGCCAGCGUUGCUCGAAGCCUGAGAGUCAGUUUUACAGGGAUUAAGCUUACCUUACUAGUCGGAAUCUGUGGCGGGACACCAUAUUCAACAGACAAUGAGAUCAUCUUAGGUGAUGUGAUCAUUAGCGAUAGCAUCAUUGAGUAUGAUUUUGGCAGACAAUAUCCUGACAGGUUUGUGCGUAAAAGUGGUGUUAAAGAAACACUUGGACAGCCUAGUCAAGAUAUUAGAUCUUUUCUAAAUAGUUUACAAUCUUCCCGAAGACGAACUCAAAUACAACGGCAAAUCGCCUGCCAUCUGAAAGAUUUUCGAGGACGUGAAGAGAGAGAUUGGACUUACCCUGGCGUCUCACGGGAUAUAUUGUUUGCUGCCUCUUAUCGCCAUAAGCAUUAUAAGCAAUGUCCUGGCGUAGAAUGCAUCUGUAUUGACUGUCAUUCUAUCCAAGACCCGGUAUGCGAGUUAGCAUUGAGAAGUGACUGCCAGGGGCUGGGUUGUGCAGGGCAAUCGAUUCAGCGACAUCGCCUCGACACAGAUAACCCAGAGACCCGUAUUCAUAUUGGCCCAAUAGCCUCAGCAAGUACAGUAAUGAGAUCUGGCAAGCAUCGCGACAAACUAGCCGAAGAUGAGGGUAUCAUCGGGUUUGAGAUGGAGGGUGCUGGGGUAUGGGAUAAUCUACCAUGUCUCAUCGUUAAGGGCGUAUGCGAUUAUGCAGACAGCCAUAAGAACAAGGUAUGGCAAAACUAUGCUACAGCAACUGCAGCAUGCUGUACUAAAGCUUUAUUGAAAUACUGGACAACCGGUCAUCAGCAACCGCAACUAGAAACAUCAAAUAACCUUAAGCCAUCUUCAACGGUCCCCUUUGACAGGGAUGAAAUGUUUAUUGGUCGAGAAGAUAUCAUCAUGGCUAUCAAAGUGUCUUUUGAAGAAAAGGCUGGAAAAUCCUAUAAGCGUGCCGCACUCGUUGGUCUUGGAGGGGUAGGAAAAUCCCAGAUAGCGAUUGAGUAUACGUAUCGAGUUCGAGAGUCUGCGCCUCAAUCAUGGGUUUUUUGGAUUCACGCCAGUAGCACCACGAAAUUUGAGAAAGGCUACCGAAAUAUUGCAACAGUAGCAAAGAUCCCCGGACACAAUGAUUCCAAAGCUGACACCCUUCACUUGGUCAAAACAUGGCUAUCUGACGAGAAGAAUGGCAGCUGGUUAAUGGUUCUAGACAAUGCAGAUGAUACUGACACCUUUUUUAAUACAUCCGAUGAAAAUAUGUUGGUAGAUUACCUGCCCCAUGUUUCCCAUGGAUCGAUUUUGAUUACAUCAAGAUAUCAGGUGGCGGCACGGAAUCUGGUAGGGCCAUAUGGACAGGUGAUACCCGUUGAGUCAAUGAGCACACACGAUGCCAUGACAUUAUUGCGAACCCGCAUUAAUGUAAGUCAGCCAUGUGAAGAAUUAAGACUGCUAGUAAAGGCACUUGAAUGUAUACCCUUAGCAAUUACACAAGCUGGUGCAUAUAUUUCGAAUCGGUCACCACGAAUGACUGUAUCGAAUUAUAUAGAGCUAUUUCAAUAUAGUGAGACCAAUCAGCAGCAUCUUCUAAGUUAUGAUGAUGCCUAUGAUCUUCGACGAGAUCAGAGUAUCCGACAUCCAGUUAUUACUACAUGGCAGAUCUCAUUUAAUCAAAUCCAACGCAUAUGUCCGAAAGCCACAGAUCUACUAGCAUUAAUGAGCAUGUUUGACCGGCAAGGAAUUCCAGAGGAUAUAGUUAGUCAAGGUAUGGAUGAAUUAGAGUUUGAGGACACAAUAGCUCUAUUAGUGAGCUUUUCUUUAAUACGAGUAGAGAUUGGAAGGCGAUUCUUUGAAAUGCAUCGGCUUGUACAAUUAUCAAUUCGACAAUGGUUGAAAAAAAGAGGCCAAGAUCGAAGAUUCAUACAAGAAAGUCUACAAAUUAUGAAAGAAGAGUUUCCUAGCGGAGAUUACAAAACAUGGGAAUCUUGCCGAAUGCUCCUUCCACAUUUGAAAGAGGUGAUGUGUCUCACAGAGGAGCUGGACGAUGACGAAAACCAAUUGAACCGAUCUAGCAUUGCCGAUAGAUAUGGUUGGUAUCUUUACCUUAGGGGUAAAUAUAAGGAGGCUGAAAUCAUCCAUAGACAGGCUCUUGGUGCUAGGGUAAAUGUGCUAGGCGCUGAACAUAUUGACACACUAGCCAGUCUCAAUCAGCUAGGCUUAGUCAUAUCAAGACAGGGAAAGCUCAAGGAAGCUGCAAUCAUACACCAACACGUUCUUGCUGGCAGAAAGACAAUUCUCGGCAUUGAACACCCUGACACCUUAACCUGUAUUAGUUUUCUAGGCUCUGUAUUUUCAAGGCAGGGGAAAUAUAAAGAGGCUGAAAGUAUGCAGCGGCAAGUAUUAUGUGGGAGAGAAAAGGUAUUAGGCGCUGAACACCCUGAUACAUUAAUCGUCGCCAGUAUUCUAGGCUCAGUAAUGUCAAAACAGGGAAUGUUUGAGGAGGCUGCAAUUAUGCAUCGCCAAGCAUUGGCUGGCAGAGAGAAAGCACUAGGUGCCGAACAUCCAGACACACUAUCAAGCAUCAACCACCUAGGCUCAGUACUCAGAGCUCUGGGAAGGUAUGAGGAGGCUGUAAUGAUGCAUCAACAGGCUCUUACUGGAAGAAAGAAAGUGCUAGGUGUUGAACAUCCAAACACACUUGCCUGCAUCAACAAUCUAGGCCUUGUUCUUGAAAAGCAAGGAAAGUAUGAAGAGGCUGAAAGUAUGCACCAAUAUGCCUUGUUAGUUAGAGAAAACCACUUAGGAGCUGAGCAUCCUAACACACUGGCUAGUGUCAACAAUUUGGGCCUGGUGCUUGAAAAGCAGGGGAAAUAUAAGGAGGCCGCAAUGAUGCACAAACGAGCUUUACGAGGCAGAGAAAAUGCGCUGGGGAGCGAACACCCUCACACACUAUGCAGUGUUAAUAAUCUAGGCCUGGUGUUUGAAAAACAGGGGAGAUUUAAUGAGGCUAUAGAUAUGUACCAGCUAGCUCUUGCUGGUAGACAAAAAGUUUUAAGCGCUAAGCACCCGAACACAUUGACCAGUGUUAAUAAUCUAAGCCGGGUGCUUGAAAAGCAAAGGAAUCUGGAGGUUGCAACACUCGCCCCCGCCAGGGGAAAGAUGGAGAGAUCCGGGACUGAUACGGGCGUUGUUUAA